UUGGGGUAUUUCUUUUCAGAUUUUUUUGUUCUGAUCAAGAUGCAGACACAGUUGGCGUGUAUGCUUCUCCUCUGUUUAACAUGUGGUGCACUUUGUACAGAUGUUGACCAGGAGCAGCGAGCGCUAGAAGAGGAACUACUCAGCAGUCUCUUCACUUCCAAGAUGAAACAGAAUAAGCAGAGUGCCCCCUAUUGGCGCGUGUCUCUGGCCAACCUCUGUAAGAUGCUGAGCGCCCUGCGGCAGGAGGUGUGGAGUGGCGAGGAGGAGGAUGGGGGUCUGAGGGAGGGGAGCCUCCAGCUGCUGGAUGAAAUGUACAACUUGCAACACAUCUGCCGAGUACUGCAGAGCCGGGAGGAGAGGCUACUCCAAGACUCUCUAGAGUAUUCAGAGGAGAACAGCGACGCUCCACUGAAACGAAAGUCACCCUACAUAUUGAAGAGGCAAGUGGGGCACAUCACUAAGACUCGGCGGCCGUACAUCUUAAAACGAAGUACAUUUUACUGACACCCCAGAGACCGCAGCACCAUUUUAAGGGACCGGACCACAUGUUUUGUGUAAUUAUGUGAUUGUGUUUAUUUUCUGU